AUGACUGUCACUACUUCUCUUUCGGCGACCUCUGGCGCACAGCUGUCGCGCAAGGAGCGCAACGCAGCGCUUCAGGCAGAGAUGGCCGCCAUGCGCGAGGAUGAGGAGAUGAUGACGUCCAGCGACCUGCACGCAAACGGCUACGACGAAGUGGAGCGCGCCACCACCUCCUGGGCCGGCUCUCUGCCUGCAGCUCAAGGUUUGUAUGACCCAGAGAACGAAAAGGAUGCGUGCGGUGUAGGCUUCAUGUGCCAGAUCAAGGGCAAGCCUUCGCACAAGAUCGUCUCGGACGCCAAGCCUCUGCUCUGCAACAUGACCCACCGCGGUGCUACGGGUGCAGAUGCGAGGGAUGGAGAUGGUGCUGGUGUCAUGACUGGCAUCCCAGAUGCAUUCUUCCGUAGAGAGGUGCUCACCGAUCUGCGCUGCGAGCUGCCAGAGCAAGGCCAGUACGCCGUCGGAAACCUCUUCUUCGACCCUCGCGACGACAAGGCGCGCGCUUCUCACAUUGCCCACUUUGAAAACCUCGCGCGCGACUUGCACCUGCGAGUGCUCGGUUGGCGCGAAGUGCCCGUGGACAACUCCAUCCUUGGUCCAGCGGCGCUAAGCAAGGAACCCAAGAUCCUUCAGCCCUUUGUCGUGUUGGCCGAUCACUUCGGCUCGAGCAACUCGUGCGAGAAUCCAAAGGCGCCCUUUGACGCUCAGUACUUUGCUAGACAGUUGUACGUGCUGCGCAAGAGCGCAACGCACGCCAUCGGUCUGCCCAAGUGGUUCUACGUCUGCUCCCUCUCCAACACCAACAUCAUCUACAAGGGUCAGCUCAGCCCGCGUCAGGUGUACGACUAUUACUAUGACCUCAACAAUGUUUGGUACGCAAGUCACUUUGCUCUCGUACAUUCUCGCUUCUCCACCAACACCUUUCCCUCCUGGGACCGUGCCCAGCCUAUGAGGUGGGCAGCCCACAAUGGUGAGUGGCGGAGGGGGUGGAAAAUUUGAGAGCGACAUUUGCUGACACGAGGGAUGCCGCAGGUGAAAUCAACACUAUCCGAGGCAACAAGAACUGGAUGCACGCGCGAGAGGGACAGCUGCGCUCCGAGACCUUCAAAGACGAGUUGGAGCUCUUGUGUCCCAUCGUCGAGGCCGGCGGUUCCGACUCUGCUGCGUUCGACAAUGUCCUCGAAUUGCUCGUCAUCAACAACGUCGUCACGCUGCCACAGGCAGUCAUGAUGAUGAUUCCCGAGGCUUGGCAAGGUAACGAGGACAACAUGGACCCCGCCAAGGUGGCCUUUUACAAGUGGGCCGCAUGCCUCAUGGAGCCGUGGGACGGUCCUGCGCUCUUUACCUUUGCUGAUGGCCGGUACUGCGGUGCCAACCUUGACCGUAAUGGUUUGCGUCCCUGUCGAUACUUGAUCACCGAUGAAGACGUCAUGGUUUGCGCCUCUGAAGUCGGUGCCGUCACCAUCGACCCAGCUCGCGUCAUCGAAAAGGGCAGGUUGCAACCAGGCAAGAUGCUCCUCGUCGACACUGUCGAGGGUCGCGUCAUUGAUGACAAGGAGCUCAAGCUGACGACUUCUCAGCGCAACGACUUUGGCGCCUGGCUCGAGCAGCAGCUCUUGCAGCUUCCCGAAAUCGUCGACACGGUGCGCUCUUGCACGCGCAACUCCAUCUCUGCCAAAUUGGACGAGUCCAGCUUGUCCAAUGAUCCAAAGCUUCUCGCCUUUGGCUACACGGCCGAACAGAUCAGUCUGCUCAUGCUUCCUAUGGGUGCCGAGGGCAAGGAGCCUCUGGGUUCCAUGGGCAACGACGCUCCGCUCGCAUGCAUGACCACGGCGCCUCGUCUCAUCUACGACUACUUUAGGCAGCUCUUUGCUCAGGUCACCAACCCUCCCAUCGACCCCAUUCGUGAGGCUGUCGUCAUGUCGCUCGAGCAGUACGUCGGUCCUGAAGGCAACAUCCUCGAGAUGCGCGCCGACCAGUGCCACCGUCUGCACCUCGAGAGUCCCAUCCUGACCAUCGAGGAGUGCAACGCCCUCAAGCGCCUCGAGCUUGCGCACCAGGACUGGAAGUCGCGCACCCUCGACAUCACCUUUGACAAGGGUCACGGCAUCGACGGGUACAGCAGUGCGCUGGACCGCAUCUGCUCCGAGGCGUCUCGAGCCAUUCGCGAAGAUGUCCGCGUGCUCGUCCUCUCGGACCGCGCUGUCAACAAGGACCGUGUUGCUAUCAGCAGCUUGAUCGCCGCUGGUGGCUUGCACCAUCACUUGAUCCGCAACAAGGAACGCAGCCGCGUCGCCAUCGUCGUGGAGUCGGGUGAGGCUCGCGAGGUGCACCACAUGUGCGUUCUUGUUGGUUACGGCGCCGACGCCAUCUGCCCGUGGCUCGCUCAAGAGAGCAUCAUGAAGGUGGCACGCGAAGGUCUGCUCAAGGUCGACCUCCCCGUGGAGAAAAUGCUCGACAAUUGGCGACACGCCGUCGACUCGGGCAUCCUCAAGGUCAUGUCCAAGAUGGGUAUCUCUACCCUCGCUUCGUACAAGGGUGCUCAGAUCUUUGAGGCCCUGGGUUUGGCAGAAGACGUCAUCAAUAGGUGCUUCGUCGGCACUGCUUCCCGCAUUCAAGGAUCCGACUUUGCUCUGUUGGCCAUGGAUGCGCUCGAGUUCCACGACCGCGGCUAUCCCGCUCGCGAGACCAUCACGGUGCCCGGACUGCCAGAGACUGGAGAGUAUCACUGGAGAGACGGUGGCGAGGCUCACAUCAAUGAUCCUAGCAGCAUCGCAAACCUGCAGGAGGCAGCUCGGGAGAAGAAUCAGGCUGCGUGGGACAACUACUCCAAGUCAUCGCACAACGCCGUCAAGGCUACUGCCCUGCGAGGAUUGCUCGACUUUGACUUUACCAAGUCGAGACCCAUUCCCAUCGAUCAGGUUGAGCCUUGGACAGAGAUUGUACAGCGUUUCGCUACUGGCGCCAUGUCCUACGGUUCCAUCUCCAUGGAGGCGCAUUCUGCGCUCGCCAUUGCGAUGAACCGACUGGGCGGCAAGUCGAACACGGGAGAAGGCGGUGAAGAUGCGGAGCGCUCCAUCCCUCUGCCCAACGGCGAUUCGCUUCGAAGCAAGAUCAAGCAAAUUGCUUCGGGUCGAUUUGGUGUGACGAGCAACUAUCUGGCCGACUCGGACGAGCUGCAGAUCAAGAUGGCACAGGGUGCGAAGCCAGGUGAGGGUGGUGAAUUGCCAGGACACAAGGUAUCGGCGUCGAUUGCCCGCACUCGUCACUCGACUGCAGGUGUCGGUCUGAUCAGCCCGCCUCCUCACCACGACAUUUACUCGUGAGUAGCGAGCGCAAUGUUGCAGCAGCCGCUCCUGUUCAAAAGCUUACUCCUCCAUCACUCGUGACCAACAGCAUCGAGGACUUGAAGCAGCUCAUCUACGAUCUCAAGUGCAGCAACCCUCGCGCGCGCAUUUCCGUCAAGCUGGUGUCCGAGGUCGGCGUCGGCAUCGUUGCAUCCGGUGUGGCCAAGGCCAAGGCGGACCACAUCCUCAUCUCUGGCCACGACGGUGGUACUGGUGCAUCGCGCUGGACCGGCAUCAAGUAUGCCGGUCUGCCCUGGGAGCUUGGCCUUGCCGAAGCUCACCAGACGCUCGUUCUGAACGACUUGCGUGGCCGUGUCACCGUGCAGACGGACGGUCAGCUGCGUACCGGUCGAGACGUCGCCAUGGCCUUUUUGCUCGGUGCCGAGGAGUGCGGUUUCUCCACCACUGCUCUGAUCGCCAUGGGCUGCAUCAUGAUGAGAAAGUGCCACGUCAAUACCUGCCCCGUCGGUAUCGCCACGCAAGACCCCGAGCUUCGUGCCAAGUUUGCAGGCAUGCCCGAGCACGUCAUCAACUUUUUCUACAUGCUCGUCGAAGAGUUGCGUGGUAUCAUGGCAAAGCUUGGUCUGCGCACCGUCAACGAGAUGGUCGGUCGUUCGGACUUGCUCAAGGUCGAUGAGAGCUUGCGCACCGUCAAGACUGCCAAGCUCGACCUCAGCCCGCUGCUCAAGCCUGCGUGGAAGAUGCGCCCUGGUGCUGCGACCUACAAGGUUCGCCAGCAAGACCACCGCCUGUACGUGCGACUCGACAACAAGUUCAUCGACGAGGCCGAGCCGGCGCUUUCGCAAGGCCUGCCCGUUCAGAUCGAGUGCGACGUCGUCAACACCGACCGUGCGCUGGGUGCUACUCUGUCCUACCGCGUGUCAAAGUUGUACGGAGAAGAAGGACUGCCCCGCGACACCAUCCACAUCAACGCCAAGGGCAGUGCUGGACAGUCAUGCGGCGCUUUCCUCGCCCCUGGUAUCACGUUUGAACUGGAAGGUGACGCCAACGACUAUGUCGGAAAGGGCAUGAGCGGCGGACGUCUGAUCGUCUAUCCACCCAAGAAUUCUCAGUUCAAGGCAGAGGAGAACAUCAUCGUGGGCAACGUCUGCCUGUACGGUGCGACCAGCGGCAAUGCCUACUUUAGAGGUAUCGCGGCCGAGCGUUUCGCCGUACGCAACUCGGGCGCCCACGCCGUCGUCGAAGGUGUCGGAGACCACGGUUGCGAGUACAUGACGGGCGGUCGCAUCGUCAUUCUCGGCACUUGCGGUCGCAACUUUGCCGCCGGUAUGAGCGGUGGUGUGGCGUAUGUGCUCGACAUGUACGGUGACUUUGCCCCCAAGUGCAACACGGAAAUGGUCGAGCUUGGGCCUGUCAAGGACCCGCACGACAUUGCUGAGCUGCGCAACCUCAUCGAGAACCACCGUCACUACACUGGCUCGACCAUUGCCGAUCAUGUGAUCCACGAAUUCCACCACCUCUUGCCCCGCUUCGUGCGCGUCAUGCCUCUGGACUACAAGCGCGUUUUGGAAGAGGAAGCUGCCAAGGCUGCUGCCGAGAAGAAGCGCAACAGCCACGUCGACUUGCUCGGCACGCUCUCUCGCCACGGAUCGCAAGUCGAUGUCUCGAUCAGCGAGGAGCGCACCGAACUCAACAGGCAGCAAGAAAAGCCUGCUGAGCCCGCAGUGGGAGAUGUGGAGGAUGCGAUGAUCGAUGAUGAGACGGCCAAGGCGCGCGUGCCCAAGCUCGACAAGCUUCGAGGCUUUAUGAAGUACAAGCGUUUGGGCGAGCAGUACCGUGCGCCUACGAAGCGCGUCAAGGACUUCAAGGAGCUCUCUGUGCGCCUCACCGACUCUGAGCUCAAGCAGCAGACGGCGCGAUGCAUGGACUGCGGUGUGCCCUUUUGCCAGUCAGACACGGGCUGCCCCAUCUCCAACGUGAUCCCCAAGUGGAACGACUUGGUGUUCAAGGGUCAAUGGAAGGAUGCGCUGAACCGUCUGCUCAUGACCAACAACUUUCCCGAGUUUACCGGUCGCGUCUGCCCUGCUCCUUGCGAGGGUGCUUGCGUGCUCGGCAUCACAGAGCAACCGGUCGGCAUCAAGAGCGUCGAAGCUGCCAUCAUCGACAAGGGCUGGGCCGAAGGUUGGAUCAAGCCUCAACCACCUGCGGUCCGCACCGGCAAGACGGUCGCAAUCGUCGGAUCGGGUCCGGCCGGUCUGGCUUGCGCCGACCAGCUUAACCGGGCAGGUCACAGCGUGACCGUCUAUGAGCGCGCCGACCGAUUGGGUGGUCUGCUCAUGUACGGCAUUCCCAACAUGAAGCUGGACAAGGGCGUCGUUGAUCGCCGCAUCAAGCUGAUGGCUGACGAGGGCGUCCAAUUCGUCGCUGGCUGCAACGUCGGUGUGGACGUCGACCCGGCUGCUCUGCGCGCGCAAAACGAUGCCCUGGUGUACGCCACUGGUGCCACCUGGCCUCGCGACCUGCCCAUCGAGGGCCGCGAAGCGAACGGCAUCCAUUUUGCCAUGGAAUUCCUCACGCAAAACACCAAGAGCUUGCUCGACUCUGGCUUGGAGGAUGGGCGAUUCAUCUCUGCUCAGGGCAAGAGCGUCGUGGUGAUUGGUGGAGGAGAUACGGGCAACGACUGCAUCGGAACUUCUGUUCGUCACGGUGCCAAGUCCGUCAUCAACUUGGAGCUGCUGCCUCGUCCACCCGACGAGCGUGACAGCUCUUGCCCUUGGCCCAUGUGGCCACGCAUCCACCGUACGGAUUACGGUCACACGGAGGUGAUGGACCAGUGGCACGCCGAUCCUCGUAGAUUCAGCACCACCACUACUCGUUUUGAAAAGGACGAAGAGGGCAACCUGGUUGCGCUGCACACGCAAGAAGUGGCUUGGAGCAAGGACAAGGCUGGCAAGUGGGCCAUGAACAAGGUGGAGGGUACGGAGCAGAGGAUCGAGUGCCAAUUGGUGCUGCUCGCGUUGGGUUUCCUGUCGCCUGAAAAGAAGGCUUUCGAAGCGCUGAAUGUGGAUGUGGAUGGACGUUCGAACAUCAAGGCGGACGAUCAGAAGGGCAAAUUGCCGUACAAGACCAACGUGGAGGGUGUGUGGGCAUGCGGAGAUGCUAGGAGAGGCCAAUCGCUCAUCGUUUGGGGCAUCCAGGAAGGCAGGGCUUGCGCGGCUGCGCUAGACAAGGAGCUCGAAGGUCAGACUAGACUGCCUUGGGCCGGAGGUAUCGCCAAGAGAGACUUUCAAAAGUACCUCAAGGGCGUUGCUAGCGGUAAUCAGAAGUUGACCUCUGCCCAAGCUUAA